ACAUAUGUCUCAGUCAGUCCUCGUAUAAAUGCUUUACACAAAGAAUGGGCCAAAAUAGCAACAAAAGAAUUAAAAGGGAAAGACCCAGAAAAAACUUUGACUUGGCACACUUCUGAGAAUAUUAAUGUGAAUCCAGUUUAUACAAAAGCUGAUACGGAAGGUUUUCCUGAUGAAAUUCCUGGAAAAUUUCCGUUUACACGAGGUCCACAUGCAUCAAUGUAUACUGCGAGACCUUGGACAAUUCGGCAGUAUGCAGGUUUCAGUACGGUAGAAGAAUCCAAUGCAUUCUAUCGUAGAAAUUUACUUGCAGGCCAACAAGGAUUAUCAGUUGCUUUUGAUUUAGCCACACAUCGAGGGUGA